GUUUCUCCCCACGAAUAUUUCCGGCCAGGACCAGUCAUGGAGGACAACCCAUCCCGAGCACCACUGCCCCCACGGCCACUACCGGCGGCAAUCGGAAAUUUCGACAAUGGCGCAGUUGGUACGAAACCCGAGUCAACAUCUUCCCGUAAAACGAAAACGAAAGUCUCCAAGAAAAUGCUUCUGGCGGAGCUGUCAGCGCUCAAGCAGGAAUUGGCAACAAUACGAUCAGAAAAAGAGCCAUCAUUUCGGGAUUUCGAUGCAAGUGCAACGCAUAACGAUUCUGUGGACUGUGGACUUAGUGAAGUGACGCAGCAACCAAGCAUGUCAGGAAACGGCUCAUUGUUAGCGACUAUGAGCAACAUGUCCCUCGGUUCCCUGAAUAUCCCGGAGUGCAAGCCAACGGAAGGUGAAACAGAUCUCGGAGUUGGACAGAAACGUCCGCAUAACGAAUCAGGAGAAGGAGAGCCAAUGCAGAAGAUCGCCGCAAUCACCCAGAAUGGGGAAGAGAAAGAGGCCGAGGUAAUGGAUAAUGAUGAUAUUGAAUAA